AUGCCCUCCACCUCUGGCAGGCCGCCAGUGUAUCCUGCCUCAGCCCGGCAGCCGCAGGCCGUCCGCCAGCGCAGGCUGUCCUUCAGCCUGGCCGCCGACGCCGGCGCUUCGGCGCUGGACCGCCUGCAUGCCGAGCCCCUGCUCCCCGGGGACUCGGACUUCGAGCCCCUGGCCGGCGGCAUCCUGGCUGCCGACGACUUUGACGCGGCCCUGGCCGCCGCCGAGAGGCGCGUGGUGAGCCUGAGCACGCUGCGCCGCCUGUCCCGGAACGAGGACGCGCGGCGGCGGCUGAGCGGCACCGAGGCGGUGGCGGCGCGCGAGGCCUCUGCCGUUCUGGCCGCGCUGCCCAGGACCUUCAGCCGCCUCCAGCGCGCGGGGAUCCGGGCCCUGGCGGAGCACGCGCCCGAGUACGUCCAGCUGAAGCCCUACGGCGCGUGCGGCACGCCCGCGGUCUGGGUGGACCGCGGCGCCGAUGCGCGCGCGGUCAUGGGCCGCCUGAUGGCGCUGGCGGAGGGGCGGCAUGCCGCGAGGGAGCCGCUCCUGCCCCAGCCGUGA